AUGUUUCUGGCUCUGACUGAUGUAUUGCUGCUGAUGAGCUACUCCAGGGUACCAAUGCCAGGUGGGCUAUGUAUAUUUCUGGUUGUGAUCUUUGCCACACCGCUGACACUGACAGCCAUGAGCCUGGAGCGCUAUGUGGCAAUCUGCCUGCCCUUGCGCCACAGUGAACUCUCCACCCCGGUGAGGGCCAUGCGCUGCAUCCUACUCAUCCAGGUUCUCAGCUCUGUUAAAUGGAUCAUCGUGAUCUCCAUCCUCUUCUCGGCUGUACCUCUGAGCUUCUACACCUCUCCUCUAGUCUGCAGUUUCGAGCAGAUGAUAGUGUUUUCCUGGCAGGGCCACCUCAACUCGGCUCUGUGUCAGUUCUACUUCCUGGUCAAGUCUGUACUCAUAGCUUUCACCUAUGUGAAGAUCAUGGUGGCUGCCAGAGCUGCCUCAUCAGACAGUAAGAAGUCCACCAAUAAGGGCCUGAGGACAGUUAUUCUCCAUGGCUUCCAGUUACUCCUUUGUUUGAUCCAGUUCUGGUGUCCUAUGAUAGAAUCGGCUAUAAUGAAGAUCAAUUUGAAUCUGUUUAUUCAGCGUAGGUAUAUUGACUAUAUUCUUUUUAUUCUUGCCCCUCGAUGUCUGAGUCGACUUGUGUAUGGAUUAAGGGAUAAGGAUUUUGUGGUGGUUAUGAAAUAUUAUGCCCUGUUUGGAUAUUCUAAAAAAGUAUUUAUAUUUAAUAUGGACAAGCCUAAUCCUAAAUUAAGAAGAAAAACUCCCAUGCACACCUGUAAGGUAAAUGCUGGCCAUGUGUAAUACUGAAUUAUGUUUAUUGAGGCAAUUUUCUGUAAUCUGUGAGUGAGAGGAUCAAAAGGUAUCAUAUGUUUCAGGUGUCGGUUUAUGACCCAGUUUUAUUAUGGUUAUGUUAUGUUAUGUCAGGGGUGUCAAACAUUUAGGGCCUGUAGAUUGAUUUCAUUCAUAUAAAAUCAGAGUUUUUGUUAAUUUAGUUCAAUUGGGUUUUUUUCACUGAUGUUUGGCCUUCCUAAUCUCUGCAGUAACAUAAAUAGUAUUUGACACCCCUAUUUGACUCCCCUUUGCUGAGUGACAGUUAGACAUUUCUAUUAAACUUCAAUCAUUUAUGUACUGCUUUUGUCAUGGUUCCUUGACUCUAUAAAAAUAAAAACUCUGUAAAAGUUCAAUAAAAUCUAUAAUGUUUCAAACCCUAUCUCUGUUGUUUCAGAAGUUGAUGUUAGUGGCCAUUUUUUGAUGAUAGUUUGACUGGAACAAUACAUGUAGUUUUCAUUUUGGGGGAAUGCUGAGUUGGUGUUUACAGUACAGGAGUCCAACGAGUAUCAGGUUUGUCUGGGGCCCAGCGGCCCAGGGAGAACACACUGUUUGGACCUGGCCCCAGCUGUCUUCACUACUGACGCAUGA